UAAUGAGCUAUAGCCAGAUCUCAGAAGUGGAAAUUCUUGUGUGAUGGCUACGCCUCCUCCUCCUUCAGCAACAAAGCUGGAAAAUGAUGGUGGGUCUUCUUCCUGUGAGGAAUUUGUUCUUAUAGAGGCGGAUAAGACUAACCAGCAGCCUAACAGAACAAGAGGAGGAUCCAUGGCAUCAGCUGAAGCUUUGUUCUCUCGGAAUUUAAGCUCAUCAUCUCCUAAAAAGAGGAAAGACUCGGGAUUACCUAACGGACAGGAUGAUACGAGAUCACAGCCUUCUCCAAGCAUUGGUAGAGAUACAGGAGUAGAGACAACAAUGGAGGAUGUGAAUCAAGUUGCUUUUACUGGUGAAGAUGUAGAAUCCAUUCCAUCUCAUUUGUGUGAGAAGUUUGGUCUGACUGCACAGCGACUUGAUCUAUCAUACAAUAGACUAAAAUCACUGGACGGAUUAGAGAAUUUCAAAGUAUUAGAAGAGCUUGUGUUGGACAACAAUGAUUUAACCGAUGCUGCUCUGUCACUGCCACACCUACCACGCCUGCAUACCCUCACUCUGAACAAGAAUCAGAUCAUAGAUACUGAGAGCUUACUGUCCACGUUAGAGAAGCAGUGUCCAUCUUUGAAGUAUCUGAGUCUCCUUGGUAACAGGGCCUGCCCACACGAGAUACUACAGUCUGGACAUGAUGAUGAAGACUACCAGCACUAUAGGUAUUUUGUUUUACAUCGUUUGCCAAAGUUAACUUUCUUGGAUUCGAGUUUCGUCACGUCAGAGGAGAGGAAAGAGGCACAGAGAGUCGGAGCCUUCAUGAGAGUAGUCAGACCCACAGACUCAAUAGAAUCUAAGAAGAAGUUAAAGAAAUCUUCAGAAGAUGUUCCCAGUGGUUUCAAUCCUUUACCAGCAUCACGAGAUGUUGUGGGACAACAUAGAGGUGUCUAUGGACAGUGUAAAUACGUAUAUUAUGGGAAGCAUUCUGAAGGGAAUAGAUUUAUACGUAAUCAUCACUUAUGAUAUCUUGUGAUUUCUUCUUCCUAUGCUUCUUCUUUAUCUAACUAUUUCUCUCUUCCUUCUCUCGUGUGUCUUAAUGAUGAGUAAUAUUACUAGCAUAAAAACCUGCAGUUUAUUCAUCAUCGUAUUAUUAUUAUUAUUACUAUUAUUAUUAUUAAUUUAUUAUUAACUGAUUAUUGUGUAUUAUUAUUUAUCGAUGUUAUAGUAUAUAUGACUCUUUUCAUUCCAUUCUUAUUUUUGUAUUGAUACAUAUAUUCAUAUAUAUGUAGUGUGUAUUA